UCUGUGAUACGCUACUGAUCUGUCACUCAUUCGGUUGCUAAGCGAAAUAAGCAGGAGUUAGAAUGUGCAUUACUACUGUCAUGGCGCGACACAUGAAACGAAGAAUUGGAUUUAAUUGCAAAAAUUCAAGAACGACAGUAAUUAUACUGUCUUUUGUGUUGCAUUUACUUCUACUAAUAGAACAAACCUCAGCUAUAUUGCCUAUAACCCCCAUAAAAGAAGGGAAGGAAUACCAGGAGUCCGGACCACAGCACUUCUGUUACCACAAUCACCUGGUGCCAGGAUGGAGGGAGACCUGGACACGGAUUCAGAUCCAGGUGCACAGCUCCAGGGAGCUGAAGGUGACGGUGGUGCAGGACGAGGAGGAGCUGCAGGAGCUGGAGCACUUCAGCAUGUGGACCCUGGUGCAGUACUUCAUGCGGGAGCACUCCAACGAGACCGUCGUGGACGUGGGCCUGUUCAGCACGAAGACCUGCUUCCGGGUCGACCCGGCCGACUCCAGGGCCAAGUACACCGUCAGGCUCGCGCACCAUUUCGACAUUUACCUGUUCCUGGUGUUUGCGUCUGGAUUGCUGCUGUUCCUCUAUGCUGACACACUUAGCAGGAGUCAGCUGUUCUAUUACUCAGCUGGAAUGAGCACGGGCAUGAUCGCCUCCCUCAUCAUCCUCAUCUUCAUCAUGGCUCGCUUGCUGCCCAAGAGAAGCCCGUUCUACGUGCUGAUAGUCGGGGGCUGGUCCUUCUCGGUCUACCUCAUCCAGCUGGUGUUCCGAAACCUGCAGAUCAUUCUGAAGGAGCACUGGCACCUGGCCAUAGGCUACACAGCGGUGGUGGGCUUCAUUAGCUUUGCGGUGUGCUACCGCCACGGCCCCCUGGUGGAGGAGCGCAGCAUUAACAUCCUGUCCUGGACGCUGCAGAUAUUUGGCCUGCUGCUGGUGUAUGCCGGCAUCCAGGUCCAGCAGGUGGCGCUGGCUGUCAUCGUGGCGGCCUUCUGCGCCAAGAAUCUGGAGUAUCCCGUCCAGCUGGGCCUGACUGCGUACAGAAGGCUCAGUGCUAACAUUGCUCUGUACCACAGCAGGCUGAGACCAAUGGUGCCGAGCGAGCUCCGCUCACAGGGAACAGAGGCGGAAGGAACAGCGCUGCAGUCUCCUAAGAGGUUCGCAGACUUCAUGGAAGGCUCACCCCACUUAAUGGGGAAUGAAGUGUCAAUUCAUGCGCAGGAAUACGGGCUGGGGGGGUCCUUCUUCGAGGACGAGCUCUUCGCCACAGACGAGGAUGAGGAGGACGAGGAGGACGAGGAGGAGCAGAGGGAGAAGCCUAAAGAGUGGUCCAGGAACCACAAAGACAUGUGAGGGGGAGUGGGGUCAUUGGAGGCAGGCACACGACAAGGCCUAAAAUUCGCCCUACUUUCACACCCCCAGAGCUCGGUUGGGUUGAGCGUAGUGGGCGUGGCUACAGCCCUGUCUGUCUUCAGAUUUUGGCAGAGGAGUAAGCUGGAGUCCAACUCGGGACAGGACCCAGACAAGGUUUUUGACAGCAGGAUAAAAUAUAAUCGUACAACCAUUAAAAAUGAACCCAUGCAUACUUUUUUGUUUCACUGCGUUUCGGAAAAGCACAAGCAGUAUUCAUUGUGCCAUAUCUUUCCCUGUGUAUGUAAUGGUUCAAGAGGAAAAUUCUAGAAUGAUAGUGGACUGAUCAUUUUUAUUUAAGUGGUCUUACACUUUAUUUUCCAUUUUGUGCAUGCUGGGAUGCUUCGAUUACAGCCAUUGACUGGUAAAUGUUUGCUUGUUGUACUAGAAGGGAGUGUGAAAUCCAAAAAAAAAAAAAUGUUCAGCUCAAGUUAAGUCAGCUGUGAUGUUUCCAUUAAUCGUGUAUUAAUAAUGCAGUUCUGGUGCUAACACUCGGGAUAAAAGCCAUAGCAAAGUAAAUCUUUCAGCUAGAGGACUUCUAGCUCUGCUCAGUAUUAAUGGUCCAAAUGCUGGUCUAAUUUUGAAAACCUUUACCCAUCAGUAAAGAUCAUUUUUAUCCAGCCAAUUAGCCCCACUCUACGGUGAAGCACACAAUAUGGUGACAUCACUGGUAACCUGACUUGAAGUGUAGUGCCUUUAAACCAAAUACUGUACCGAUGCUGUGAACUGAUUCUGAAGCCCGGUCUAAAACCACCGGUCUUAUGAUCCACCUGUUAUUCACAACUUCUUCCUACAGCAAAACCAUUACAGUCAGUGCGCUGAUAACAAGAUAUGGACCAUACAUAAAACGAUUCAGAUUCCACAUUUAGACGCUAACCUUGUUCCAUUCUGCCAAAAAUCCCAUUUUUGCUUUUUUCACUUUGUGUGCUUUAGGCAGUGAUAUUCUUCAUCGGUUAUGCGCAUUUUAUAAUAGGCUUGCGUGCUAGUUAUUUCGGUUGUAUUUUAAAUUGUAUUGUUUUUAAUGUUUUGUAACUGACGAACCAAAGUGCUCAACAUGGAUAGUUGGUAUGAUGUAGGCUGAUAUUUCCAUAGAUAUCUGCCAUUAUCUUUAAGGAAGGUGUCUUAAUCUGCCAUUAUCUUUAAGGAAGGUGUCUUAUCAGAUGCCUGGGAGUGCAGCAUGCUAGAACACUCCUUUUGUAAAUCACAGUAUUACAGCUAUAACUAGGGAUGUCUAAUACGGAAGUCCUAGGGAGGGAUGGUGGAAGCUUUGCUUUUGGUUUUUGGCUGGUAAACAUUAUUCUUUAAAAAUAUAUAAAAGAGGUUCAGAUUACUUUGAUUGGGCUACUUUAUGAGCAUGACUUCUGCUUAAUUUGUAGCCAUCUUUGGUGCAUCAAAUGCAGAGCCUCUCUGGGGCAUAUUGGUUUUCAUCUUAAUUUAUUGAUCGAUGCUGUUACGACCCAGAUAUCCUGCACCUGUGGUUAGAAGCUGAGUAUUAUUGUUCAGUCCAUACCAUAUGGCCAGAUCCACUGUAUACUUUGACCCAAUUGGUUGACAGAAACUAGACUGGCAGAAUUAGCAUUCUAGCGAUUUGUACCUCAUAAAAUGUGAAAUGGCCACCAAUUCUAACCAAGAUUACAACUGGGGGCAUUAAAAAAAAAAGAAAAAUUCCAGAACAAUCUGCAGUAUUAAAAUAGUCACUCUGGUGGAACUUGGAUGCUUAGAUUUCAUAUUCCAUUACAUAUGAGAAUUUGCACACUGAAUGGAUGUUUGUUGGUGGAAGCAUGUGAUUGCAGGGAUUGUGUGGACACAUUAGUCAUUUUUAUCACUUAAGAUUUUCUUUAGUAUGUUUUUACAUAAUGUACAACACGUUUUGAUUAUUGUCUUGUGUAACUUUUUUUUUUUUGUGGGUCAGAUAUGGGAUUUGUCCUUAUGUAAAAUUGGGUCAAAUAGUAACCAUUUCUUCUCUUUGUUGGAAUAUGAUGGAUGUGGACAGUGAUUUGUUUUUUGUUGUCAGAUUUUAUAUGGUGCCCAUGAAUCAAAAAACAUAAUUUCUAAGUGUUUACAGUGUCUUCUAGGUUAUCUUUUUGUGAAAAAAAGACAAAUAAAAUAAAUGUGUUCAGAUUUAA